GGAGACUGGGGCACACGUGGAGGUUCUGGAUCUAUCUCUUGCUUCAACAGUGUUUGGAUGGAACAGACCUGGGGACGCCCCUUCUUCCAGCCUCUAGCCACUCUCCUGCGUCUCAUCCAGUCAUCACCUUCAGAACCAACUCUGGGACCAGCCAACACAUCAUUUUUUUCUACCUUAACUCCUUAUUGCCCAACAACCAUGGGGUCCCAAAUUCGUCAGAAAUAUCCCACCAAAGUGGAGGCUGCCGUCAAUCACCUGGCCAACCUGCAUCUGCAGGCCUCCUGCACCUACCUCUCUCUGGGCUACUAUUUCAACCAUGAUGAUGUGGCUCUGGGGGGUUUGGGCCACUUCUCCUGUGAGUUGGUGGAGAAGAAGCGUGAUGGUGCUGAGCAUCUCUUAAAGUUGCAAAACAAGCAUGGUGGUUGCAUUCUAUUCCAGGAUAUGCAGAAACCUUCCCAGGUUGACUGGAGCAAAACUCAGCACACCAUAGAAUCCACCCUGGCCUUGGAGAAGAACCUGAACCAGGCCCUUUUGGAGUUGCAUCCCCUGGCUUCUGCUUGUGCAGACCCUCACCUCUGCGAUUCCCUGGAAAACCACUUUCUGGAUGAGGAGGUGAAACUGAUCAAGAAGGUGGGCAACCACCUGACUAACAUCUACAUUGGCCACCCCCAGGCUGGACUGGGCAAAUAUCUUUUUGACAGGCUCACCCUCAGCACGACUAGGAGCUUUUGGAGCCCAGAGUCCUUUCAGAGGUCCCUCUGAAUCCCCCUGGUGUCUCUGGCUUUUACCUGAGCUUCUUCCCAAAAUCACUAGCCAUUUUUUUAACUACCCUGGAGCCCUCUACCAUGCAUUGGACCAAAUGAAACAAUAAAGCUUUUUG